AUGGCGCCGGGCGGUUUCUUCGGCACGGCGGCGGUGGCCGUGGUCCUGUCGCUGGCGGUCCACGUCGCGUUCCACUGCCCCAUCCAGCCGCUCCCGUCGCCGCCGUCGCCCGCGCGGCUCCCUCCCAAUAACCUCCUCCAGGGGCUGGAGAAGCUCGGGGAAGGGCGGCUGAGCGGGCCGGAGGACGUCUACAUCGACGCGGCGGCGGGCGGGACGCUGUACACGGCGACGAGGGACGGGUGGCUGCAGAGGAUGCAGCCCAACGGGUCGUGGGAGCAGUGGCGGUUCGUCGGGGGCACGGACCUGCUCGGGAUCGCGCCCUCCGCCGACGGCAGCAUGCUCGUCUGCGACGCUCACAAGGGAUUACUUAAAGCUGAGGAGGGUCGCGUGACCAUUCUUGCAUCCACGGUCGAAGGGUCCACGAUCAGGUUUGCCGACGCCGUGAUAGAGGCGUCCGACGGCGCGGUCUACUUCAGCGACGGGAGCGCCAGGUUCGGCUUCGGCGAGUGGUUCCUCGACUACCUCGAGGCCCGCCCCACCGGCCGGCUCCUCAAGUACGACCCCGGCACCGGCAAGGCGUCCGUCGCGCUCGACAAUCUUGCCUUCGCCAACGGCGUCGCCCUGUCGCGGGACGAGGCCUUCCUCGUCGUCUGCGAGUCCUGGGGGUUCAGAUGCUCCAAGCUGUGGCUGAAAGGCGACAAGGCUGGCCAGAAGGAGACCUUCGUCGACAACCUUCCGGGGUCUCCGGAUAGCAUCCAUCUAGCACCAGACGGCUCCUUCUGGAUCGCCCUUCUCCAGCUAAGGUCGCCAUGGAUGGACCUGAUCACCCGCUGGACCUUGACCAAGAGGGUCGUCGCGUCGAUCCCGGCGCUUCACGAACCCAUCAAGGCGACGGCAAAGGGAGCGAUGGUGGCUCAGGUGUCGGAGGACGGUGAGAUCAUCCGUGUGCUCGACGACUCCCAAGGGAAGGUGAUCCACUUCAUCACUUCCGUGUCGGAGUUCGAUGGGCAUCUGUUCUUGGGAAGCCUUUCCACGAACUUCCUGGGGAAGCUGUCUCUGGCGAAGGUGCCACAGGUGCAGGCGGCAGUUUCAUCCUAG